AUGGCGGACGACUCCCAUAUCGCUCUACCAACCUCAAACUCACCCCCCAGCUCAUUCAUCUCACACUUCUACCCCUUCGCAACCUCACCAGACAUCAUUCGCUCACAUGAGAAGGAUGCAUACCUCACAGGCAGCUUGAUUCAACAAUCACAAGGGAUCGUCCGAGCUCUUCGGGGCGCCCGAUACGCCCACACCCACUCCGACGCCAUCAAGCACCUCACCGAACUCCUCUACUUCACCCUAACAACCGCCAUCGGCAACCGCACCCUAGGUGAAGAAUACUGCGACCUUAUUCAACUAGAAGAUGACACACUUCAAUUGCCGUCAAUCGGCCGUCGCGUGGGGUACAUCCUAAGUAGCAUCCUGGUACCGUGGACACUGCAGCGACUACUGCCCACGCUGCGACAAAAGUUCCGCAACAAGCUCGAGCGCAACAUUGCCCGCAUACAGUUACGAGCGGCGAAGCAAGCUGGCCUGCUCCACAAGCCCCAAUUCUCAACUACCCCGACUAAACGGCCGUUGUUUACGAAACUGCGCAUCCAGCAGUAUCUCCUUGAACACUUGGAUUCCAUCACAUCCCUGUCGCCAAUUUAUGCGCUGAGCAUUGCGACCUUCUAUUUCACAGGCUCUUAUUACCAUCUCUCCAAGCGGCUUUGGCGUCUGCGUUACGUUUUCACUAAGAAGAUCGAUGACAAUGAGCAACGCAUUGGAUAUGAGGUCCUGGGUGUGUUGCUUGUUCUCCAAAUUGCCGUGCAGGGGUUCCUGCAUGCUCGCAAACUCGGCGCGAGCUUGAAUGAAGAUGAGAGUCACUCUGCGGACGCUGGCCAGUCUCCAGGGCAGGAUGGGGCUGUUCUCGCUUCGAUUCAAACCCCGUCUACUAUUCCUCUUCUUCCUGCGUCUGUACCACUUUAUGAUCUCGAGGAUGAUCCUGGCGCUGUCUCAUGGAUGCCCGAAGGGCAGCAGCGGAAAUGUACCCUUUGUCUGGAAAUGUUCAAGGAUCCUAGUGUUACGACUUGUGGACAUGUGUUCUGCUGGAUUUGUGUUCGGGACUGGGUUCGUGAAAAGCCCGAGUGCCCGCUCUGCCGACAGGAGGUCUUACUGUCUAAGGUGCUACCUCUAAGAGGGUAG